AGAAAGCCUGGCUGGGUCGCUCCGCUCGGUCCUUCUCAAGCCCCCUCUUGUUUGAGGUGGAGGGAGACCAAUGGCCAAAUGGAGCUUCCCUGUUCAGGGGUAGUAUAUCUUCUGAGAUGACGAUAAAUUGCCUGCCAAGCAUGAAGGGACCAGGGAAACCAACAGCAGCUUGUGUGCCUGUAAGCUCCCUGCCCCAGCCAGGCAAAAGUGAAGCAAGGCCUCUACAGACCCAGCUCCAGUUCAGUCGGAAUGUUCCUGCGCUGCCAGGGAAGUUGGCUGUCCAAUUCACCAACCCCUGUCCAAUUAUAAUAGAAAAAUUGAAGCAGCCUGAGAAUAGGAAGGAUCAAGGUGCUGGCGAUGCACUGGAUUUCAGAAACUCUGUUGAGUUUUCCGUUGUAUCUGAAGAGAAGCUCAAUUUGGCUGUUCAGCUGGCCAAAAGGGACGUGAAGCGAAGGCAUCUGGAGGAGCAAGUGAGGCAGCAUUUGAUCAAAGAGAACAAGGUUGCCCCAGUGCACCCAGCAGAACCUGGGCAGGCCAGAAGGAAGGAAUGUGAAAGUGUUGCAGGGCCAAGAGCAUCAAACCUCUUCCAGAAGGACAAACACCAGCUUGGCAACUGUUCCAAACUGGAGACAACCAGCUCUGGAGCCAAAGUCUACCUCUAUACCCCAAAUCGGAUCAAGUCGAAAGCUGCUUUGUCUGAUUCGCCCCCCACCCAUGACCCAGGACCUGGGCCCAGAAAGGAGGAAGAUAAGACUGCUCUGGAGGUCAGGCGGCUGCAAAAGGAGCUACAGAACUACAUCCAGAAAAUUGAAGAGCUGGCAAAAAAAGAGAGAAGUACAGGAACUUUGGACCCUGAUGAAGAGCGCCGUGUCCAUGUUUGGAGGCAGGAGCAUGCUGCGCGCUCUGCACGAAUGCUGUAUGUGCUGCAGCAACAGGUAAAAGAAAUCCAAGAAGAUCUGGAUAAGCUGAGUCCUCAGAAAAUCAAACACACAAAGAAGUCACGAGCCAUGGCCAGACUGGCAGCAGCUCACAGAGGCGCAGUCCGGGCCUUGCAGGUGUUUGCUGCUCAUUUUGCCAACCAGUCAGAGCACCAUCCGACUCCUGCCCACUACAAGGAACUGGGAAACCUCAUCCGGCAGCUGUCUCUCUGCUCUGCCCGUCUUGAGAUGGACUCCUCUGUUCCUGACGUCGUCAUAGAUCUUUUGCUGCAAAUAGAGGAUUUGGAAUCGUUGCUGGCCAAAAAAGAGUCACCCAGGAAAGGGAAGAAAUGGCCUUCUGCAUCUCAGGCUGAACUCCCAUCAGGCAGGGACAAGGUGCCAAGGAAAGAGAAGAAAUUGGAGUCAAACAAAUCAUCAGUAGCCAGAAGACUUCUCCCUUCCAACCAGGAAGAUGGCCAAGAUUUUACCGAUGACCGCCAACAGACUGGAGAGAUGAGGUCACCACAGAAGAUAAGAGAGCACUCUAGCACAACAGCCCAGGAGAAUCCGCCCACUCCAGGGCAGGAUGGAACUUUUCAGGCCAGACAGCAGGAUUUGCAGAGACCCAGGCCUGUGAAAAUGUCCUCUGGUUUCAAAGGUUCCCCACUGAAGAAAAGAGGAGUGGUGUUUUCUGCCAAACAUCAGGGAAGCUGUAGACCUCAGAGACCAAAAGCUGAGCAGCCUCAAGCCAAGCACACCCGGUUUCAGGACACCACUAUUGCAUUCCGACUCAAGGAGACCAAACCACCUGUUCGAGAAAGCCGGAUCCCCUGGGUGCCUCCCAACCCCACUUCCCCUCUAGCCUCACCUCAACGGCGACCAGAUAGAAGUCCUCAAAGCAGAGAGACCAUUUUGGAGAGAGAGAGAACAGGAGAGGGAAGACGAGCCAUGGAAAAAACAGCUGUCAGUGUUCACAGGGCUGAUGGCUCCUCUCCAAAGAAUAUCUUAGAUAAGAUGGAGAGAGAGAUUCGGGAGCGGCUGGAGCCCCUCUUGGAGAAAGCUCAGAAGGUGAAUCUCUCCUUGGAAAGAAACAUUCGCUUGAAGGAACCCUUAUUGGAAAGCCAGAUGCCAACCCAAGAUGUCGGGAAGGCUGCAGCUGAGGCCAGUGUCCUGAGCAGCCUUUUGGAACAGAGCCUGAAGACAGAGCAUGAGUCUCUGCCUGCCCUCGGCACCCCGGAUCUGGAGAGGAUGCUUCAGAGGAUGGAGGAGAUCGAGAGCUACCAAGAGGGAGUGCGAAGGAGGUAUAACCAGAUCAUCUAUUCUGACCCUGAAUUCUGGGCCCAGGAAGAGAGAAGGGAGAAAGAGAAUGCAGCAAGAGAGAAAUCUCCUGGGGCUCCCCAUCCCAUCCAGAUAACGAAGCCAGAAGGUCAUAACCAGACACAAGUGGAUAUUGUAUUAGAAAGGCCCUUGGACGCAAAUGCUGUUGAGGAGGACACGGAACCAGAGCGAUUAGAGCCCAGAAAUUGGACCACACAGCCCUCCAAUUGGGAUGUCUCUCAGCGGAAGCAACCCAGCACCUUCCUCUCUGUACCCAAGAACAUGCUCCAAAGCAUCUGUGAUUAUGGCGCUCGGUAUGAGCAGCACCUUAAGUGCAUGUCCCAUGAGGAGGUGGGAAACUUCAAUCCAUGGCAGAUUGCAGAGAGCUUGGCAGGGGAACUGAUGGAGGAAGCCCUGGCAGAUGUCGCAGCCGAGGUCCAAGACCUGUGUGAGGAUUACGCAGAAGCCGUUUUUACUUCUGAGUUUUUGCAGGCCGCUGAAUAACCAUGCUCCUUUUGUGAAUGUCAACCCAGACUGCAGUCCCUGUUCUGAAGAAAUAGCCUUGGGCCUGCCACCACAAAGAAGGACUCUUCCACUCUGGGUCUGCCUGAACUUCAUGCAGGCAAUAUCUCAGGGAGAGAAUGUGGCAAUACCUGUGCCAGUUUCCCUCGUGCCUUGUGUGACAAAGCUGUUUGGGUGCAAUGUUGAAGAAGUGAAUGACAAUGUGUGUUUUUUUAAACUGGCUCUCACCCCAUCACCACCACUUCCAAUGCCUGCAAAAGACAUGGUACAUAAUUGACCCACUGGCUGCAUUUUGGGUUCUCCAUCUGUCCAAGAACACUCUGUGAGUAAAUCCCUCUUCAUCAACUAUUUGGGGCUGCAGUGAAGGGGCUGAAGAUCCAGAAAAGCUGGACUGUAUUUUCAGAGUGCCCUGUAAAUAUUCCCCCCACUUUUUCAAGAAGAGUUUGCAGGAUCUCCAACCAGGAGUCUUCAGUUCCACACUGGUGGGGCAGGGUCCUGCAGAGGCCUGAAUGUUUUAGAGCUUUGUGUGAUCUUGGAUGCUUUGUGACAGAAAUACUUCCUGUACCAGCAAGACCUCCGUUUCCCUUCCAUUUGCUGAUUUUGUCUCAUUUCAUGGCCCCUGUGGCUGCUUUGUUCUUUGAGCACAAAGGGAAGAUUGCAUUGGGCCAGCAGCUGCCAUAUGGACCUUUUGACAACCACUUCUUUGGCCUGUGAUCAAGGUAAUGUUCCAGCGCUCAGGAAGACACACAAGAUUACUCAAAUAAGAUUUUAAAAUAUGUUUAUAUUAAAGCUUUAUCUUACUAA